GCUCUCGCACGGGCCACCCGUUGGCAACGGGCACUCUGCGUACUUGACGACGACGAUACGGCAGUUGGCCUCAUCGCCUUCAACUCCGCGCUCACUGCAUGUGAGAGAGCCUCUGAGUGGGGGCAAGCGAUACAGCUGCUGCAUGAGAUGCGGGAGUUUGGUCCUCAUCCGGACAUCAUCAGCGUGAACGCUGUGCUCGCCGCUUGUGUCUCAAAGUGGCAAGAAGCUCUGCGCAUCUAUGCGACCUUGCCUUCGAUGGAGCUUCGACCGAGCAUCGUGACACUGAACUCCUUGAUGAAUGCCUGUGCCAGCGGCCUGCAAUGGCAAUUCGCCUUCGAGCUCUGGCGAGGAGUGCUGCCACCCUUGCAGCCGACCGAAGCCACUUUCGGCGCCCUUCUCGCCUCUUGUGCCCUCGGACCAGGCUGGCAAGUUUCCGUGGCACUGCUGCAGCAAAGCUUUCUACAGCAAGCCCGAGCCAAUGUGGCCAACUGGACCAGCACGCUUACAACGCUGCAUCGUGAAGGCCAAUGGGAGAGGGCAUCAUCCCUCUUCUGGGAGAUGUAUCGCGCUGCCGUUGUUCCCAACAUGCUGACGAUCGAUGCCGUCAUGGUAGCGUGGCAGCGCAGCAGCCAGUGGCGGAAGGCCCUCGGGACGAUGGCAGCCCUCCAGAAACAGUCACUGCCCAUCGGUUGUGGGGCCAUGGCGGCGUUGCGCAGCGCGUGCGAAGAGAGGCAUCAAGCGUCGCCGGCAGAGGUCAUCUCGGUACUGCUAGCGUCCACGGCAGCCCGUCUGCUCAGUCAAGGCCCAGUUCUGGAGCGGGGAGAGCAUCUUCAACGCCCGCUCUGUUCCAUUCGAACUUAUCUUCAAGAUCAUUCGUUGCCCUGGCUUCAUUGUCGCCGCAUUGUAUCACCGCUGGCAAGAGGCGUUGCUGCCUCUUCUGACGUGGACAAAUUGGAGGCUCCAUAUGCAAGGCUACUGCUGUGCGAAAUUGGCCAAGCAG